AUUUGGACAUGCCCAAUUGACGUCGCCAUUUGACAUCUCUAGCGCGUGUGUUUUUGCGAGAGAGGUCGAGCACUCCAACAAAUCGCUCCGGCUCUUUCUUAUCCAACCAUGACCUCCGCGUCCGCCACGUGUACGCCUACGUCCCUCCAGCUCCGUCUCGCUCUGAGCUCCCGCGUUCGUCGGAAACCUCACUCCGUCUACUUACUCCCGUCUCGGUUCGCUAGCAAACCCGGUUUAGUAAUCGUCUGCGUUUCGCAGAGGACCGGAUCGGAUUCGUCAAAACCGCCAGCCGAUGGUUUGGCUGGGUGGGACGAUUCCGGGAACGACGUCAAGUCUUCCAGAGCUAAGAAGAAGAGUUUCAUCCAAGGUGUAGUGGGGGUUGGAGUCGCUGGAAUCGUUUUGGUUGCUGGGCUAAGCUAUGCAGUUGCGUCUUUUAACAAGCGUAGUAAUCCCAACGGCAAUUCAAUUUUGAGCGCUGGAGUGAAACAGGAAAGUGUGCUUCUGUCAUCACAUGACACGCCUAGUGAUGAAGGCAAGGUAGCUAAUAGCGAGGAAACAAAUCUUAAGGAGGAUAAGAGUCUAGAAAGUGAUGGUAUAGGCCAGCAAGGUGAUGAAGCGUCCGGUGAAGAUAAGAUACUUGGUACUGAGGAUUCGUCAUUUGAUGGAACAGAUGCCACUGAAAAUAUCAGUUCCCAAUCUGAUCCUGAGACACCAGAAAGUGAGAAAAUAAUUUAUGAAUCCAGGUCUUUGGUAGACUCAUCCUCUGAGGUUAUAGAUUCACAAAGUAGUAAUCUUGCUGGUGCGGACAAUCCAACUUCUGAAGAUCCGGAUAGCCUUCCCAACACUGAAGCAACCAGUGUGUCUGAUUUAGAAAUUCAAGCCAACGGUCAGAAAAUAGACACUGUGGCUGUUGUCGUUUCUGUUUUUUCACAAUCAGAUUCGACUUCAGAUCCUCACACUGUGCCACUAGAUGACAUGGGGACAGCAUUCCCGACUGUGACUGAGGAUCUUUCUGAAGUAAACGGAACACCUGAAUACUUGGCUGCGGAAAGUAUUUCAUCAGUCUCGGACAUAGAUACAGCCAAAGAAAGGAAAUCUCUAGAAACUCCGUGGCCAGAAUCAACAUACUGGUCAAAAAAUGAAAGAGACAUGAAUAUUCAAGAAGAGUUUGGCGACAGCAAACCGCCUUGGGAGACUCCCAAUGGUGGAAGCGCAUUUUCUUCAGCAGGAAUUCCUGCACCUUCUAUAUCUUUUCAAGUAAACCCUGGAAAAGUUCUUGUCACCGCAGCUGCGGAUCAGGCCCAAUGUCAAGCAUUUGCAGCUCUGCAAAUUUUGAAGGUCAUUGAGACAGACACUCAACCUAGCGAUCUAUGUACUCGUAGAGAAUAUGCUAGGUGGCUGGUUUCUGCCAGCAGCGCAUUAUCCAGAAACACGACUUCAAAAGUGUAUCCUGCUAUGUAUAUAGAGAAUGUCACUGAGCUUGCUUUCGAUGAUAUUACUCCUGGAGACCCUGAUUUUCCAUCCAUUCAAGGGUUGGCAGAAGCAGGACUUAUCACAAGCAAGCUUUCUAACCGCGAUCUGCUUAAGGAUGUUGAAGGCCCCUUCUUGUUUUCCCCUGAUAGCCUUCUUUCACGCCAGGAUCUAAUACGCUGGAAAAUGGCCUUGGAGAAACGACAGCUUCCAGAAGCUGACAAAAAGAUGCUGUAUAAACUCUCGGGUUUCAUUGACAUCGAUAAGAUAAACCUAGAUGCAUGGCCUGCCAUCAUCGCAGAUUUAUCUUCUGGGGAACAAGGAAUCGCUUCCCUUGCAUUUGGUUUUACAAGAUUUUUUCAGCCUCACAAACCCGUCACUAAAGCUCAAGCUGCCAUUGCUCUUUCAAACGGUGAGGCUUCUGACAUAGUCAGUGAGGAACUGGUACGCAUCGAAGCAGAAUCAGCGGCUGAAAAGGCCGUGUCUGCACACGACGCCCUAGUUGCAGAGGUCGAAAAGGAUAUCAACGCCAGCUUCGAGAAAGAGCUUUACAUAGAACGAGAAAAAAUAGAAGUGAUCGAGAGAAUGGCGGAACAGGUUAAAGUGGAGUUGGACCAGCUGAGGGAAAAGAGAGAGGAAGAGAAUCUGGCGUUGGUGAAAGAACGAGCUGCGGUUGAGUCAGAAAUGGAGGUGCUCUCAUGGUUAAGACGUGAAGCUGAAGAGAAGCUGGAGGCUUUGAUGAGAAACAAGGCGGAGAUAUCUUUUGAGAAGGAGAAGGUUUCAAGUCUUCGAAAAGACGUUGAAGAAGAGAGCCAGCGGAUUACUAAGUUGCAGUAUGAACUAGAAGUUGAGCGUAAAGCCCUGUCCAUGGCCAGAUCAUGGGCCGAGGAGGAAGGAAAGAGAGCUAGAGAACAAGCCAGGGCGUUAGAAGAGGCUAGAAAGCGAUGGGAAACGAAUGGACUAAGAGUUAUUGUUGACAAAGAUCUUCAAGAGGAUGUAGAACAAAGCGUAUUGCUUAACACGGUAGAGCCAUCCUCGGUUUAUUCAACCGAGGAGAGGCCCCAAACACUUAUCGGUAAGCUGAAGGAGAUGGCAUACACUGUGGGAGGAAAAUCCCGGGAAGUGAUCUUCAUUGUGAUGGAGAAAAUACGUUUAUGGAUUAUGGUUUUGAAGGAAUACGUAGAGAGUUUAGGGAAACGAGUGGGAGAGAUGAGAGAGGCAGCCAUUGUUAGUGCAAAAGGAGCAGUGAAGGAGGUUGAGAAAGGAACAGCUCAGGUAGGUGAUAAGGUGAAGAGAAUGGCUGAGGAGUGUAGAGAUGGAGUUGGCAAGAUCUCUCAGAGGUUCAAGACCUGAGAUAAGUUCUUAAACUUUGUUUUGUUUGUAGUUUUGCUUUUAAAAAAAAUUAAAAUAAAAGAGAAUAAUGUGAUGCGAUGGCCAAUACUGUAUAUCAGAAUUCAAAAUUGCAACAUUUUGACAUC